AUGAACGCCAAUCCGUUGGUCGUUUUUGUGCUCUUCGCUGGAAUUGCUCUCGUCGGUGUCAGGGCAGCCUCGUUUUCUCGUCCUCGUCUAAAUUUUCCGCUGGCAAGAUUCAUUGAUGAAAGCGACAGCAGCGAGGAGGAGUUGUUGGAUCGGAUCUGCAGUGACUUCGGGUCAAUUGUUCGCGACGGGCAAAACAUCUCAAUGGGGCUUCGACGGGAUUUCUGCGUUGGCGAGGCUUUGUUGUGCGAUGAAAAUAAAAGGAAAAUGACCAAAGAUCUCGUCAACUGUUUGGACGCGGGAAAGGAUCAGAUCGAUCCCAUUUGCCAAGCGGAUCUUUUAAACGGCCACAAGGACAAAUGCGACAAUUUCGAAGUGGCUUUUGCGGCUUUCGGGUGUGCUUACAAUUCUCAAAUUGACAAAUGUUCGAAGGGAAAAUCCGAUCUCGCUUCCCUCAGCUUGGUCCUUUAUGAGCUUGUGCUCAAAUCCGAGGCUGAUUAUCCUUCUUCAAGCUCUGCAAUGUCUACAAUUGAUGGCACACAGCUUUUCACCCUCGGUUUACCCUUAUUCAACGCAUCUGCACCAACAAAAUCUUCAAUUUCACAUUCUGAGCUGAGAGCUGCUUGUUCGAAAAUAUUACGCGAAAUCGUAGAAGAGUUCGACUUUGAGCGAUGCGCUCGCAAAGAGAAAGCUUUGGAUCGAGUGGCUGUGCGCUGUCAACACUGUGAUCUCGCACUUAUUGGAAUCAAAACGAUCAUUCUUCACGCACUUUCCAAGGCUCACAUUGAUCAGUUGAUUCAAAACAAUAUCCAAGUCACUGAUGAAGAUCUACAAUUUUGGUGCGAUGUUUUAAAGGAGUACAGAAUUCAGAAA